UGGUGGUGGUGGUGGUGGUGGUGGCAAGGGUGGUGAUCAGGGUGGUGAUCAUGGUGGAGACGGUGGGAAUGGGCAAGAAGUGAUGCAGACCAAGUCACUGCCUAUGUUUACAGGAGUGUACAUGCCUGUGUGUGAGAACAUGUGGGGAGUGCUCAUCUUUCUUCGCUUCUCCCUCAUUGUGGGUAAGGAGGGUGUUCUGGUCUCCCUCCUCGGUGUGGUGGCUCUCGCCUACACUGCUGUCCUCUUCACCACUCUCUCGCUCUCGGCGAUCGUCUCUAAUGAGCGUGGUACCUUUGGUCGCGGCGGUGCAUAUCGCCUCAUCUCAAGAGCUCUCGGUGCUGAACUUGGUGGUGCUGUCGGUGUUAUGUACUUUCUGGGCCUUAUGUUUCUGGCGGUACUCGAAGUGCUCGGCACUGUCGAAGUCCUCAUCGAGACUUUUCACGAUGAGCUUCACUUUCCCGGCUCUGUCCAGCUCUUUGCCGUGGCCUUCUUCCUCCUCAUCUCGGCCAUGGUGUACGGCGGGACCAAGGUAGUGGCGCGACUGGGGGUGGUCUUUCUCUCGAUUGUGGUUGCCUCGAUGGCGUUGCUUGUCCUCGGUCUGCUCACCUCGGACAACUCGAGCACCGAUCCGACUGCACCGCAUGUGGAGAUUACCGGCAUGUCCGGCGAGACGCUUUCGCGCAACCUCGGGCCGGCGGUUCCGGGCAUUUCGAGCUACACGGCGAUGCUCGCGCUCUUCUUCCCCUCGUUCACCGGCAUUCUCUCGGGCGCCAACCGGGCCGAGGUGCUUGCCUCGCCCAAGACAGCUAUUCCAUGGGGCACGCUCGGAGCCAUUACCACCUCGCUCUGCAUCUACUCGCUCAUCAUGAUUCUCUGGGGCUCUGCUGUCCACAACGAGUACCUCCAGACGGCCAAGUUUAUCAUUGGCGACGUGCUGUUUCCGGUUGGCUGGCUCGCGCCACCGCUCAUCAUGCUCUCGUCGAUGGCGCAGUCGCUGCAGAUCAUGAUUGUGGCGCCCAAGGUGCUGCAGGCCAUUGCGCACGACCGGAUCAUUCCAUUCCUCGCGCCAUUUGCCAAGCUCUCGCCGUCGGGCCAGGCUGUGCGUGCGCUGGCGCUCACGACCGGCCUCGCCAUGGCAGCGUCGAUGGUGGGCGACCUGGAGGUCAUUGCCCCGAUUCUCUCGCUCUGCUUCCUCCUCUGCUACUCGGCGCUCAACCUCUCGUGCUUUGUGCUCGAGCUCCUGCACGCGCCAGGGUGGCGCCCGCGGUGGCGGUACUUUCACUGGGGCACGGCGCUCGCCGGCUGCAUCCUUUGCGUCAUGCUCAUGUUCCUUAUGGCGUGGUACUGGGCCGUGGUUGUUUUUGCCAUCUGGAUUGCGCUCUACCUGUACAUCAACUGGAAGGGCGUCGAGUCGUCGUGGGGCGACGGUCUCCGCGGCCUGGUCUACCAGCUCGCGCUCCGGUCGCUCCUCUCACAGGAGCUGGGCGCGCACUACUCGCGCAACUGGCGGCCGCAGCUUGUGGCGCUCAUCGAGGUGACGCCGCUGCAGCUGCAGGCGCUGCAGCAGAACGCGUCGGGAGCCGGGCACAACACGCCGGCGACCAUCCUCUCUGCGCCGCACACGCCAGCCUCGCACGAGCUCGACUUUCACACUGCGCUCGAGCUCGAGUCCUCGUUCAACUCGUCGCUCGACGGCGUCCUCUCGGUGGCGGCGCAGCUGCGCAAGGGCAACGGGCUCUGCAUCGUGACCGCGCUCAUGGAGGGCCUCUACGCCGAGAACCAGGGCGCGUCGUCGUUCCUUGCCAAGUACAUCCAGGACCAGAUGGACUCGCACCAGCUCCGUGGCUUCCCGCAAGUUGUGGUCGGCCCUGCCUUCCUCCAGUCGCGCGACUACGUAAUCCAGACCUCGGGCCUCGGUGGCCUCCAGCCAAACACGGUGCUGAUGGAGUACCCGGAAGGCUGGCGCGAGGAGGCGCUCAUCUCGUCGGCGGUCCAGUUUGUCGACUCGCUCAUCUCGGUCUCGACCUCGGACAAAGCUGCGCUCAUUCUCCGGAACCCGACCAAGGACUUUCCGUCGUCGUCGUCGACCUCGUCCAACGUGGCGCUCGAGACCGGGACCAUCGACGUGUGGUGGAUUCUCCACGACGGAGGCCUUCUCAUCCUCCUCUCGUACCUCCUCCGCAAGCACGAAAUCUGGGCUGGUUGCGCUCUCCGCAUCUUUACGGUGGUGGAAGAGGGCGACGACUCUGAAGCCAUCCACGCCGACCUGGUCAAGAAGGUCGAGUCGCUCCACAUCGACGCCACCGUCGCCGUCGUCGUCCUCCCCAACGACUCGAUCCACCCGUACUCGGUCGACUGGAUGUCGCGGGCCAAGGUGCAUGAAAACUUUAUGCGCGACCUCAACGUGACGGUCGAGGCGCUCCCGUCCGAGGUGCUCUCCAUUGCAGAGACCGCCACCGCGCACCGCGGCCUGCGCUCCAUCCCAUCGACCGUCGACCUCGAGGCGCUGCGGCUGCCCAAGUUUGCACGGGCGCAGAACGCGCAACUGGCGGCGACGCGCGCCGAGCCGGGUGCGUCGUAUGGCUCGGGCGCCAUCCAGUGGCAGCUCGAGGGUACGCCGUACACCUUUGAGCCCGACGACUACGAGUACGGCGAGUACGAGUACGAGUACGGCGAGUACGACGAGGAGCAGGAGGCCAACGACGACUCGUCAUCUUUCUGCUCCUACGACUCGUCGCUGCUGAGCUCGGACGAGCCGGAGGCCCAAGCCCCGGCCCCGGCAGCCGUCCACAACCCGCACGCCCCGCACCGCCCGUCGGGCCUCCGCCACUCGCACCGCCGCUCCGACUCGCCGUCGCUCUCGGCGUCGGCGCCGUCGUCGGCGCUCGGCGACACCCUCGGCCCGCUCCCGACCGACGACGACCUUGACCUCGACCAUGGCUCGCGCCGCCGUGGCUCGCGCAAGCCCCGCUCGCGCAAGCCCGUCUCGCGUGGCUCGCGCAAGACUGGCGCGCGCAGGGCGAGUGACACAGCAGGCAGCCUGCGCAAGCGGACUCGCUCGCGCUCCCGCUCGCGCUCGCGCUCUCGCUCGCGCUCGCGCUCGCGCUCCCGCUCCCACGGCGGGCCGCGCCGCCGCGGCGGUGCGGCUGCUGUGCCCGCACCGGCGCCGGCGGCGCUCCCGCGCAUCCACCGGUCGUCGUCCGUGCUCUCGACAACGUCGACCAAGGGCGACACCGCGCAGUCGAUCGACCUCCUCUCGCGGCAGCUCAUGUCGAUGAAGUCGAUGGCCAACAUGGGGGAGACCAUCCAGCUCGAGUCGAUCGAAGCGCUCCGCGACGCCCAUGGCGACUGGAGCAAGCUCAACAAGGCUAUCCUCGCCCAGUCGCGGCAGGCCUCGCUUGUCCUCAUCAACCUGCCCGACGUGUACCUCAACGACGAGCUCCUCACCCAGCGCCACACGAAGGACGUCAUCACGUACAUGAGCUACAUCGAGGUACUCUCGUCCAACCUCAACCGCGUUCUCUUUGUCCACGGUACCGGUAAGGAACUGGUUGGCUCGUUCUAGCUGUCGCCACUGCACGAGAGCGUCGCCUUGCCCUCGCGUUCUGCAACAAACCCAAGCCCAGCCUCACACAUCUCACUCAUAGCGGCAGCAAGCGCAGCGAUGCGCUCGCAGCUUGCUCUGCCUGGCGGCAGAUCG